UUUUUCAUUUGCAAUCUAAUUGUAAAUCGCAGAUCUUCCGCGUCACACGUUUGAUAUCAAUUAAAAUUAAAAUAAUGAAAUAGACGUGAUAGUUUUACUUUUAAGUGAUAAGUGAAAAACAUUUUGAAAAUGGCGGAAGAUUUGCAUAAUAAGCGUCAAGAAAUUUUGGAUGAAAUAAUUAAUAGGAAAAAACUGGGAGACAAGAAAUUUCAUUCAGAAACAUCGCUUCAACAUUAUGAGGAAGAUGUCGAAAAGAAUGAUCCGGAAACUCGUGAAGAUCCCGGGAUUCUAAAUAGAUCUCUGAAUAACCUAACGGAGGAGACGUUUCCUGAACGAAGGCGGACCAUGUCGCAACCCGGUCCCUUGUCCGGGAACCUCCCGACUGCUACUAUGGCGCGUAUGGCGAGAAGACGCAACAACCGUAAUGUGGCCUAUAUUGACGAAAACAGCGAGAAACAAGUACCCAAGCUGGUAAUUUCAAGUAGAGGUGAAGAUUCUGGAUCAACAACACCCAUAGGUGACAAAAACUCCACCCCAUUGCAGAAUGGUGGCUACAGAAAUGGAGACAUAAAAUCUCUAAGCAGUUACCGUUUGUAUACGCCCGCGAACGACAUACGCGGUGGGGCUACUCCUAGGAAACGUUCCGUUGCCACCAUGGACGCGCAAUCGCUCCGAUCUAUAGAAACUCAUGCGCCACCCCCCACUAAUCCUAAGGAGAAUACGAAGCUCACCGUUAAAUACUUGUCCCUGGUCACAAGCUGCAUGUAUGCAAUAUUAUUAGUGACCGCAGGAAUAAUGAUUUAUUUAGCAGAUAGAUUUAUAGAGCAAGACCCAGCUGUGUACUAUUCUCUCAUACUCUGUUCAGCGGGAUUCAUCUACCAUAUUUAUUUAAUCAUAGAUAUCGGACGAUAUAAAAAGAAAGCGCUGAAAAACCAAAGAAUAAAAGCAUUAAAUGAAGAAAAGAUAUCCGAUUUCUACAGGAAUGAAGACGAAGACUAUGACAUACGGUCAUCUGGAGAAAGGGGUGAGCCCUUCCGAGCUUUGUCAUUGCCUCAACUAAUUCCUUUGAGCCACGACUACUGUUUCAGCCAGGGCAGGCAUUCUGGAAGUUUCUAUCUCAAACUUGGCGCAGCAGGUUUCGCCAUUGGCCAUCUUAUUCAUUCGAUGCUGCUUUUGACUAUUCAAAUUAGCCUGCUACUCGACGACCACAUUCAUAAUGAUGACUGCGUGAACCUUUAUCAAGUAGCGCUCGACAUUUUAAGCCCGAUAUACUGCUUUUUGCAAUUAUUUUUCAUAUUCAAAUACUCGAACGUGAUAAUAUUGCGGGCUCAGGGCCUAGCGCACUUCGCCUUCAUGCAUAUGAUUGGAAGCAGUCUGUGCUUUUGGAUAUCGGCCAUCGUGAGAGAAACUGUUUUAGGAUUAGUAAAUUACGCCAAUUCUAGAAAUGAAUCUCAUUACGAAACAACGAAUGCAGACGGUACAGUUUCAGUUGAGCCAGCAUCACGCUUCAUAGAUAUAGAUAGCCUGUCAAAUGAGAACUGCACUAACUCUCCAGCUCUAACGACGAUUUACCAGAACUUUUCUCCUUACUUGUACCCAUUUAGCGUCGAAUUCAACAUUUUUAUUGUGGCCGUCUAUUACAUAAUUUGGAGCAAUAUUGGAAACUGUCAAAAUGAAGAAGGCAUCAAUUCUGAAAUCAACUCUAGUUUGGAUGAUACUUAUACGGUUUGCAAGAUUCCGUCAGCUAAUGAGGAAAAUGAUUUCACAAGCAACAUCGUAAUCUACGCAGACUGCCACGCCUCCAACCGAGGCCUGUUCGUCGGCCUCAUCCUCAUGGUGGGCAUCGCCGGGAAUCUCAUACUUGGCUUCGUCUUCAGUAGUGUUGGAGAAGAAUACCUUGAGAUUGGAUACUUGCUGAAUGACGUUACCAAGCUGUGUCUCCACCUUGUGAUGCUCCUAUCAGUAGUAUUCGCGUACAAUCAACUAAGGAAACUGGAUAUAAAUGAACAUCCUACAUCUUUGCUUGAUGAUGUUCUGCUGUUUAUAUGUCUACCAGCUUUCUUCAUGGAGACCAUGUUGUCAAUGGUGGCGACCAUAAACAUCUUGAACGUUGUAAAGUCGAUUGAUUUUAUAGUCAUGGUCGUCCAGGUCCUCGUUCAGACGCCACUCAUCAUGGAUGGCCUUCGGCGAUGCAGCAAUACGAAGAAACUCCGGCGGACGAAGCCUGGGAGGGAACUUCUCAUGUUCCUUAUUAUUGCUAACGUGGGCAUGUGGAUCUUCUACACCUUCUCCUUCAAAUCCCCUGAGAGCCUCGACGAAAGAUACACUUUCUAUGGAAAGGUUUUGUGGUCUAUCCUGGGCCAUGUCACGCUGCCUCUUAUCAUGUUCUAUAGAUUCCAUUCCAGUGUAUGUUUCGCAGAUAUUUGGAAUUCUGCAUACAAACCAGGCAGUGAACAUUAAUUUCACGUCUUAUUUUUGUUCCUUUGUCCACGGCUUUGUACUUGCGUGAUUGUUUUUGAUCUAUAUUUCUCAUUUGUUGUUUAUAAAACAUAGCGAAAUGUAACUUUCAUCUAUAUUCUUUAGGCCUUUUUAUUUGAAAAAUAAAAAUAUUCAUCCAUCCGUCUUUAGGAAGGGUAAACAAAUAGGUAGGUGUAUCAUGGUCAAGUUUUUUAUUAUUUCAUAUCAUCUUAAAUUUGUGAGGUGGUAUAUAUACAUGAAUGCUCGUUUAAGAGCCGUUUUGGUUAACUAAAUUAAAUAAACUUUGAUUGUACGAAGGUAAGAGCUGACCACAAAAUAUUGUGUGUGUAUUGGAGUUAUUGUGAUUUGAUAGUAUUAUGUCCUCCUAUUUUCUUAAAGUUAUUAUUAUGUACGUAGAAAGGAUUUUUAACGUUGAAUUGUAUUGACUGCAUUAUGUGAUAUUUUAUUAACUUGGGUAUUUUUUUUAAAGAUUGUUUCGGCUUUUACGUAGAUGGAUUCGCGAUGAUAAGAUAUGAAUUAAUAGAAAUGUUUUAAGAGUGAUAAGGUUAGAUAAUCUUAACUUGUAUCUAAGGUAGAUAAGCUAAUAGUUGUAUAUUUAGUAGUAACCAAAAUAAUUCCGUAUUUUUGUACAAAUAUAAUACUUAUACCAUUCAA